UUGUAGAAGUAUUCUCCUCCACCACCACCAAUUAGUUGAGUGGAGUCAACCUGUGUGUGAUUAAAGUGUCACGUGAUUUAAAAACUCAGUGUAUUGAAAAGAACAAUCCUAAACACCAUCAGCAUCACGAAGAUAAAGGAGCCAUCAAAACAAGUCUGGGACAAAGUUCUGGGAAACUGCCAUUAUUCCCAAUUUCCCAUUAAUGUGAUGUAGAAUGUGAUGUCGCUGAAAAAUGAGUAAGAAAAGAAGCUUGGGUUUAUUUUUUAGGAUCUAAUAUAAUAAUGAAACCUCACUGUUAUCACUUACAUUUGAAAAUGUUGCAUUUGCUUCUCUUGAACCAGGUGAACCAGACUUAUCCAACUCUGACAUUAGACAGGUGCUACAGUCGAGGCGAGACCAGGAACAUCCAUGAUAUGAACAAAACUAAAACAGGAAACAUCCAAACUCCAGGCGUGUCAGGCUUGACUCGGAUCACUGCGCAGGCCUUAAUGUGUCAGAACCUCGGCUUGACGGUGACUGCAGCGAGUUGAACUUCCCCGUAGAAGAAAGAGGCUGUUGGCUCGCUUUCUGCUUCACGAGCCUCGGCGUGAGAACUACUUCCGGUUUCUGUCACACCGGCCGCCUGUCUCACUCAAGGCUCUCACUCGGAGCCUGAAAAAUGCAGAUUUGUUGCCGAGCAACCGCAGCAUGCCAGCAUCGGUGACGCUUCACAUCCUGGCUGGAAGUGAGAGAAAUGCUUUAUGCAGCACUUACAAAAUGAAGUAUUUACACACCAUCUACCUGGGCAUCCGGAGUAGGCGCAGCAGUGAGAACGACCGCUGGAGGUUCUAUUGGAGGAUGGUGUACGAGUACGCUGAUGUCAGCAUGCUCCACCUGCUCGCCACCUUCCUGGAGAGCGCGCCUCAACUCGUCCUGCAGCUCUGCAUCAUCAUCCAGACUCACAAGCUUCAGGCCGUGCAAGGAAUGACUGCCGCUGCCUCUCUGGUGUCCUUGGCUUGGGCUCUGGCAUCCUACCAGAAAGCUUUACGGGAUUCACGUGAUGACAAGAAACCUGUCAGCUACCUGGCCGUCAUCAUCCAAUUCUGCUGGCACUUCUUCACCAUCGCGGCACGUGUUGUGACCUUUGCCCUGUUCGCCUCCGUGUUCCAGCUCUACUUUGGAAUUUUUAUUGUGCUGCAUUGGUGCAUUAUGACCUUCUGGAUUGUGCACUGCGAGACCGAGUUCUGCGUCACAAAGUGGGAGGAGAUUGUUUUUGACAUGGUGGUGGGGAUCAUCUACAUCUUCAGCUGGUUCAAUGUAAAGGAGGGCCGCACACGCUGCCGCCUCUUCAUCUACUACUUGGUCAUCUUGUUGGAAAACGCAGCGCUCAGUGCACUCUGGUAUCUCUACCACUCACCACUGAGCACCGAUACCUUUGCUGUUCCCGCCCUGUGCGUCAUUUUCUCUAGCUUCUUCACAGGAAUCGUCUUCAUGCUCAUGUACUACGCUUUCUUCCAUCCUAACGGACCACGAUUUGGACGCUCGGCCAGCCUGAGCCAGCUGGAUGAUACCAACGUCACCACCGGCUUCACCAUGCCAACCGAAGGUGCUACCAAUUCUCUUCGCUCCAACAGGGGUGGCACGCUUGCAAGGGACGCUGAUCGCGAUGCUAAGUAUGCCGAGCGAGACGGAUGCGCUCCUGUUUUUCAAGUACGUCCCACAGCUACGUCCACGCCAUCCUCUCGCACUCCUCGCGUGGAGGAAACCGUGAUCAGAAUAGACGUAUGCAGGAACCGAUACCCAGCCUGGGAAAGACACGUGCUGGACCGUGGCAUACGCAGAGCCAUCUUGGCUAUCGCUAACUCACCUACACCACCUCGACUGCAGUACAAGGAUGACAUGCUCAUCCAGGAGAGGCUGGAGUAUGAGACCACGUUGUAGCUCACCCAAUUUUCCACAACUUGGUGCGUGGAAUCUUAUAGGUUAUCAUCCAUUAACAGCAGGACUGUGGCAAUAACAUUGACUAGCAGAGUGGGACUAUCAAGCCCAUAGCAUUUAGCCAUGAUGUUGAUUGUCAUGGAUUGCAAAAAAUAAAAAUAAAAAUGAAAAAAAAAAGAAUAAAAUAUAAAAACAAAGAAAUAGGCACAUGUUCACUGGUGUAAGGAUUGGUAUUUUUUAAUCUUUUUUUUUGUUCC